CACACACACACACACGGCAGAGUUAACAGUGCGGAUGAUGGUGGAUGUUAAUGUAGGAUUCUGAACAUUUUUAUUAUGCAACACAAACUCGCUCUCUUCUGCCUGUUUGCUCUUCAAUCCGUUUCUCUCUCGAGUAUCGUUCAGCUUCCUGCAGUACUGAAGGUGUUUCGUGGUGAAACCGUCUCAUUGACCUGUGAUACAACGGAGGUUUUUUCAAAAUGCGAUUCAGUCUUCUGGCUUAAAGUGGAUCGUAGAAGUGGAGAGAUGAACAUGACUCCUGCUGUUCACACUAAUCAGAGCCGGAGUCUGUGCACAGGAUUCAUCUAUAACACGAGUGCGGCCGACGCGGGCAUUUAUUACUGCUCCGUAAAACACAGCUUCAUCUCCUACAUGGGCAACGGCUCCACUGUCAUUGUUACAGAACGUCAUUCUCGUCCCAUCGUGAUGCUGUACACUUCAGACCCCGGUGUCGGACCCUCUGUCUCUCUACAGUGUGUGGUGACGGGGGUCGUCCCGGCUGAAGUGAGCGUUUUCUGGGUCGUAGGUGAAUCAGAGAUGACCGGGUGGAGGGAGUCAGACUGGACACACACCAACCACUCGGCUGAAGAAUACACACGCGCUCAUAUCAGCGUUUCCUCCGAGAUCUGGAUGAAGGCUCAGAACGUGGAGUGUGUGGUGGAGGUGGAAGGCAGACGAGUCUCUAAAUCCGUCAAAAAAAGUCCCUGGCAGCUGUGUUCCUGGUUGAUUCCUUUGUGCUCUGCUGUUGCCCUCAUUGUCAUUAUCGUGUUUAUCGUCACUCUUUCUUUCUUAAAGUGGCCAGGAAGGUGUUGCCUCCGUACGAGAUCAACUGAAUCUCGCUUCAAUCAACAAAACGGAGGCAGGAGGAGGACAGAGAGAUUCUCCACAACGGAAGUGCAGUACGCAUGUGUGGACCUGAUCAGUUAUGGGCAACAAGGAAACACCACUUUAAACAGGAACGUGGUAUUUUCUGAAUAAGUGAGUGAAUGAGUGAAUUAAUGAGCUUGUGAGGGAGGGAGGAAUGGAGGGAGGGAAGGAGUAAAUUAGAAAGUGAAUGAGUAAGUGAACUAAGGAGUGAGUGAGUGAGUGAUUGAGUAAAUUAGUGAGUCAGUGAAUUAGUGAGUGAGUGAAUGAAUGAGUGAAUGAGUGAGGGAGUGAUUUAUUGAAUCAGUGAAUGAGUGAGUGAGUGAGUGAGUCAGUGUGUGUGUGUGUGAGUGAGUGAGUGAGUGAGUGAGUGAGUAAAUUAGUGAGUGAGUGAAUUAGUGAGUGAGUGAAUGAAUGAGUGAAUGAGUGAGGGAGUGAGUGAGUGAGUGAGUGAGUGUGAGUGAGUGAGUGUGUGUGUGAAUGAGUGAGGGAGUGAUUUAUUGAAUCAGUGAAUGAGUGAGUGAGUGAGUGAGUGAGUCAGUGUGUGUGUGUGUGUGAGUGAGUGAGUGAGUGAGUGAGUGAUUGAGUAAAUUAGUGAGUCAGUGAAUUAGUGAGUGAGUGAAUGAAUGAGUGAAUGAGUGAGGGAGUGAGUGAGUGAGUGAGUGAGUGAGUGAGUGUGGGUGAGUGAGUGUGUGUGUGAGUGAGUGUGUGUGUGAGUGAGUGUGUGUGUGAGUGAGUGAGUAUGUGUGUGUGUGUGACUGAGUGAGUGAGUGAGUGAGUGAGUGUGUGAGUGAGUGAGUGUGUGAGUGAGUGAGUGUGUGUGUGUCCAGUAAAACCUUCCAUCUGAUCAACAAUUUUUGCCUGACCAGAAGGUCCCGUCUGGUCGAGGGUAUUUCUCCAUAUUUGAUUGCAUCCAUCAUUUUGUAUCAAACAGAUAAGUGAAAUAUAAUAAAUUCUGUUUAGUAAUAUCAUUUUUUAAAUAUUUCAGUUCCUAAUUAUGUAAAAAAUGAAUAACUUGUUUGUUUUAUUCCUGAAUCUGCAUAAAUGAUUAUAUACACAAACUGUACACAUUUAUUAUUUCAUGUUUU